AUGGAAAAGAAGAGCCAGCUAACGGCCAGUCGCUACGAUGCUCCCAUGGCCGCUGGAGAUCAAAUAGCCUGUCGGAAGUUUCUAGAUUCAUUUGGUCCAAAGUCAUUCAGCAACAAGGCAGCACACCAGGAGGCAGAGUUUGCUGAACUGGGAUCCAGGUACAUCAUCUCUAAAAACGGGAGUUGUUUUGGGUCACACUCCAGCCCCUUCCCUGGGCAAAAUGCAGGAAGGCAGCCGCUCUCACACACCCCAACUCGUCCCCAGCCUUACCUUCUGCUGCUAGCGCAAACCCAGCGGCUAAGGGGUCCCGCUCUCAGCGGCAGCGGCGGGGGCAGCGGCAGCGGCAGCGGCACAUGCCAUCUGUUAGCGGCAGAAGCAAAAGCAGCGCUGCGCGAGGUGGCCCCGGUGCCGGGAGAGCCUCUAGCAGGGGUGCGUACUGAAUGCCGCCAUUUUAAAGCGAGGCUCCUGAAAUCAUUAGAUAUAAGCAAAUUAAAGCCCGCCCCACCCACAGAACUUCAGGGCUGGGACGUGCAACCCUCCUCCGAGUCGCCGCUGUGGGGUGUAAAAUGUCAAGGCGAGACACACGCGCACGGGGACUCCCGGACGGAGGCGACGAUCCCUGCGCUCCCCGGGCCCCCCUGCCCCCGCCCCGGGCUCCCGCGAGCCUCCACUUCAGACCCCGAGGCGAGGGGUUCUUUUCUCCCCAGCGCGGGGACCCCCGGGGUCGGUGCAGGCCGGAGCGCUGGGGGGCGGGGGGCGCCCGGGCCGGGGUUCUCCCCCCACCCUGCUCCCUCCCCCCUCUCCCGGGCUCUUGGUUCAGUCCGCGCGGAGCACACCUCGGAGCUCCCGGCUCCCUCUCGGCGGCGGGCGUGGGGCUCCCGCCCGGGCGAGCGGCUGCCAUGGCAACCCCGGCCCCAACCCCGCCCGGCCGCGCCAAAGGCGUGCCCUGCACCCGCCGGCGCGGCCGAGCCCGCCGCCGCCGCCGCCGCGGGCCCCCCGGUGCCCCGCGCUCGGCCAGCGGGACGCGCAGCGGCAACGGCGGGGGCCCGGGGGGCUUCGGGUGCCAACACGGAACUCGCGCGCAAGUCCGCCGGCCGCUCGAGCGGCGCGCGGACUGCCCCAGCGCGGGACGGCCCUCGGCCGCCCGGCCCCGCCCCGCCCGGCCAGGCAUGAUUGGGGGCACGACCGAGGAAAAAUGGAGUUGCACACUGACUGAUCCACAAGAUGACUUCUUAAUGUAUACACAUUAUUGUCUCUGACUUCUUACACUUGUUCCCCCUUGCUUUCUGGGUGAGUCUCAGAACCACUACUCCUGAGGGAUCUUCAAAG